AUGGCAACAGAAUCAAACGUUGGUAGUUCAAUGAAAUCACUUCGGCACAGAGAAGCGCAAUGGACCUGGAAAUCAGAUUCGAACGCAGCAUCAGUAGGCGAAACACAAGAAUGGACAAGCUACUCUGAUGUUGAAUCAGUGAUUAUCGAAGAAGCGUUUCAGAAAAAAGAUAAAGCAAUACCCGUGGAAUUAGAUGACUGGUGGAUUGAUAUAGCUAACUCUACUGCAACCCGGAAGCAUGAUAAAAAUAAACACACGCCAAUAAAACGAAUGCCGAUCGCUAGCCAUCAACCUCAGCGUAUGAAACAAGAGAGGUAUUCCGGUGCACUAUCCGUUAAACCUUUCAAUGAGUGGACAUAUGGCGGAUAUUGGUUCAUUAAACAGUGGAAAGACAAACAGCAAUCCGAUAUUGACGACAGCGAGAUAGCUGAAAAAGCGGCAGAUGGAAUACUAAUAGAGGGUAACCGACAACAAAAAGCAAUAGAAGCAAAGCCAUUAGCGGACAAAUUGCGACAAAUCGCAAGUAAGGAUAAACUGUCGAUCUAUCAAUGUGCACUACAACUGUAUACAAUGGAAACAUUUCUAUACAAACUAGUAAAUAAAACCUUGAGAGAGAAUGAUAGAACCAAAACAGACACAUUAGGUCCCUAUUGCUACCUCGUAUAUUAUUCCUGGUAUAUGACAAAUGACAAAACAAGCGACAAAGUUUACCGUGCCCUAGAACUUGACGCACUUAUGAUUGACCAUUACAAAACAGCGAUCGGGCAAAAGAAAUGUUGGUUCGGAUUUACGUCCACAAGCAAGGAUCCAAAAAUCGCUCAACAAUUUGGAAACACCCUAAUUAUCGUCGAUAUGUCAUUCGUGAGCGGCUUAGAUCUCUCCCCACACUCUGACUUCCCGCGUGAACAAGAAGUCCUACUUCCAGCAGGAACAAAGUUUCAAAUCGAAAAAGUAGAAUACAUCCAAGAAGAAACAAAACAUCGUAUCCAUGUUAAACUCCUUCCGCAAAACAACUUUUUACAGCACCAACUGUCAACAAUACACACAACGAUUCAACUCAGCCUACAGAGUAAGCAUCUAGAUACCACUGACAUCGAAACAUUAUGCAAUGCGUUCAAACGCAAUCGAACUCUCGCUACACUUGACCUACGACGGAACAACAUAUCCGACGAAGGAGCUAAAGCACUAGGCGAUGCAUUAAAGGUGAAUCAAACCCUCACUAUACUAGAUCUUGCACGGAACGACAUAUCCGACGAAGGAGCUAAAGCGCUUGGUCAUGCAUUGAAGGUGAAUCAAACUCUCACUACACUUGAUCUUCAAUCGAACCAAAUAUCCGCCGAAGGAGCUAAAGCACUUGGCGAUGCAUUAAAGGUGAAUCAAACCCUCACUAUACUAGAUCUUGCAUGGAACGAAAUAUCCGACGACGGAGCUAAGGCACUUGGCGAUGCAUUGAAGGUGAAUCAAACUCUCACUACACUUGAUCUUCAAUCGAACCAAAUAUCCGACGACGGAGCUAAAGAACUUGGCGAUGCAUUGAAGGUGAAUCAAACUUUCACUACACUUGAUCUUACAGGGAACGCAAUAUCCGACGACGGAGCUAAAGCACUUGGCGAUGCAUUGAAGGUGAAUCAAACUUUCACUACACUUCAUCUUACAGGGAACGCAAUAUCCGACGAAGGAGCUAAAGCACUUCGCGAUGCAUUAAAGGUGAAUCAAACUCUCACUACGCUUAAUCUUCGAGCUAACAAAAUAUUCGACGAAGGAGCUAAAGCACUUGGCGAUGCAUUGAAGGUGAAUCAAACUCUCACUACACUUAAUCUUCAACGG